UGCGGUUAAUGGAGUAAUAUGUUCUAGAAGACUCCAUUUGCCCGAGGGUGUUUUCUGUCUGCCAACACAUCUGCGCCACAAAAUCAAUCCGUGCAAGGUACGCGUACAAGGUCCAAGUACCUUGGCAGAACAAGGGAACCGUUUUCUAGUCCUGUUAAUAUUACAAAAUAUCAGAUAAAAAUCGAACUUUGGCUAGAUCGGAAGAGCACGUGAACAACUGAUGCAAACUUGAGAUUAACCAAUCAGAAGUUAUCCUGAAGGUUUUCCUUCACGUGCAUACAUACAAUGCCCCCCUUUUUGCGCAAGGACUUUUGAUCGCAGUUUCGACGUGCUUUGUUCAUUCUCAAGACUUUAGCCAGUGCGUUAACAUCUCUGGCAAAAUUUUUAGUUUAUAAUUCAAGGGAUAAAAACCUUGGCAAAGAAGUGAAAAUUUGGAAAAAAAAUAAAAAAUUAAAUAUUGUUGACUUACAAUGCCUAAAGAAAAAGGCAAGCGUCGUUCAGGACCAACUCGAGGCUCAACUCGUGGCCGUCCGCAGCGUGGCAUCGAGCAAACGCCGGCUGCAGAUGUUGGUGAAAGUUCAACGACGCCGUCGAGUACUGCUGGGGUGAACUACGCCGACUUAUCAACGGAGGUUCUCCAUCUCCUCCUGGCGCAACGAAAUCUCGCGCUUUCUGGUUCGCGUGAUACUCUUCUUCGUCGCCUCGCCGAUCACGAUGGAGCAGAAGUCCCAGCUGCAUCGAGUGCCGAUCCGAGACCCGGCUCAACACCGGAAUACUCAUCUGAAUCUCUCCGCUCGCUUGCGUCGAACCUUGUUCCUCUUCUCCGCGACGUUUUGGCCCAACAAAACGGGUCGCCGCCAACUAUGCCACCUCAACCACCGUCGCUGCCAAGUUUUCCCGCGCAAAACGCUCCAACGCCGCCUCUGGACCUCGGUAAUCCAUCGGUCGCCGCCAACUAUGCCACCUCAACCACCGUCGCUGCCAAGUUUUCCCGCGCAAAACGCUCCAACGCCGCCUCUGGACCUCGGUAAAACAAGUUGCCAGCCUCCUUUCGUCGCAGCCGUCGACAUCUUCUUCGCCAUUAGACGUCAGCCCAAGUUUACCAAAAAGGCUUGAAGAGCAAAUUCUAAAGGGUGAGUUUGUCGAUUUUUCUUUGCUUCUCCCGGGUAAUUCAGACCGUCCUAGUUUUGCCCCUAUUCGCCUUUCAGUAGAGGGCGACCAGGGUUUCACGAUCCCAAUUCCUUUCUCAAAUUUCGGAAAGCGCGCUAAAGUCGACAACAUAGAUAAGUGGCUUACUGCUUUUGGUAUUUACGCGUCCGUGGUUGUCGCUAAAUUUCCACAUAAGGCCGCGCAGCUGUUUGCCUACCAGCGCAUAAUCCGCGAAGCUUCGCAAAAGUUUAAAGGCCUCGCAUGGUACGCUUACGAUA